AUGACAAAUAGUGAAAAAGUGAUACUCGAAAGUAUACUUUCUUUUGAUUCUUUCCCUGAAGACAUAGCUAUCGAAACCUUAAGAGAGCUUCAGGAUUGUAGUAAUAAUUGGGAUAUGCAACGUAUUCGAACAUAUUGGAAAAACAAUC